AGAGAAAGAAUUGAUGUUUUUUAUUAAAUGAAUAAUGGAUCGUUUGUACAUGAGUUAAUAGUUUAGAAACUAACUAUAACUUGGAAAAUAAGUAAAUCUUGGAGAACAAGUAUAUCUAAAACUUGCCUCUUAGAACAGAAAUAAACCAUAUAUUUUAUUGGUGUAAAUGGAAAGAAGUCUAAUAUCAUAUAUUAGAUAGUUUAGUUCAUUUUACAUAAUUGCGCUAUCGUAGUUUCGUUCAUUUUCCAUAAUACCUUAUGGAAAAGUUCCUUAGCGAUAUAUUGCUGCCGGUUUGUGCAAGUUAAUCGUUUAAAACCUACUCGCAAUUGCUUAAACCCUCUUGUACCCUACAAUCAAGCAUCAACUGCUCAAGAUGUACCGCUCUGUCUGUACCAUGUCCAGGUUCUACUGCAACUCGAGCGGUCUUGUUCCUCGAUUUCUUGUUGUUUGUAACAAUUCUGCCCCGAAGACUGCAACGCUGAGAUACGUUUCGUCUUCUAAUCUGCGCUGUUUUUCUUCGAAGACAUCAACGCCCGCACCAUCUGACACUGCAAAAGAUAAGAUAACCCCGGUGGUGAACAAAUUUUCGUUCUCUAGCAUCUUUCAAGGUUGGAUGAAUGGACUUAUUCAACAAGAAAAAGAACAACCCGUUGUAAAUGAAGCGAACAACACAACUCCUUCGGUUACUCAUCAAGAGAAAGAAGAAUCUAGUGUGGAUGAGGCAAAAAACACAACUCCUUCGGUUACUCAUCAAGAGAAAGAAGAAUCUAGUGUGGAUGAGGCAAAAAACACAACUCCUUCGGUUACUCAUCAAGAAAAAGAAGAAUCUAGUGUGGAUGAAGCAAAAAAUACAACUCCUCCGGUUACUCAUCAAGAGAAAGAAGAAUCUAUUGUGGAUGAAGCAAAAAAGACAACUCCUCCUUCUGCUAUUGAUUUAGCUCUUAACUCAGUGGUUAAGGUCUUCACCGUCUCUAGCAAGCCUAGACUUUUUCAACCUUGGCAGAUUAGUAUGCAGAAUGAAUGCUCUGGCUCUGGAUUUUUAAUAUCGGGAAAGAAGAUUAUUACAAAUGCGCAUGUGGUGGAUAAUCACACAUCGGUUAAAGUACAAAAGCACGGUUCAGCCACCAAGUACAAAGCAAAAGUUCGAAUGAUUGGGCAUGAAUGUGAUUUAGCCAUCUUGGAGGUCGAUAACGAUGAGUUUUGGGAGGGAAUGAACUUCUUGGAGCUUGGAGACGUACCCAAGCUGCAGGAAGAGGUGCACCUUGUUGGCUAUCCUUGUGGUGGUGACAGUAUAUCCGUUACAAAAGGUGUUGUGUCGAGAGUUGAACUAAAAGAAUAUAGUCACAGCUCGACAGAGCUACUCACAGUACAAAUAGAUGCAGCUAUCAAUUCUGGAAAUAGUGGUGGUCCUGUAUUUUUGGGAAACAAAGUGGCUGGUGUAGCAUUUGAAGGUUUGUUCUGGUCCGAUGGUAUUGGUUACAUGAUUCCAACUCCAGUAGUUAAGCACUUUUUAGACUGUGUUGAAGAAAAACAUGUUAGUUUCGGCUCAAUGAAUAUAUCAUAUCAGAUGAUGGGGAAUGCACAAAUUCGUGACUAUUUCAAGAUGAGCAAAGAUAUGACAGGGAUUCUUGUAAACGAAAUAAACCCGCUGUCCGAUGCUUACAACUUUCUGAAAAAGGAUGAUGUUAUUCUGGCCAUUGAUGGUGUUCCUAUAGGAAAUGAUAGUAAAGUUCCGUUUCUUAACCAGGACACCGUAGAUUUCAAGCAUUUGGUCUCUAUGAAGAAACCAUCUGAAACAGCUCUAAUUAAAGUGUUAAGAGAGGGAAAAGAGUGUGAGUUCAACGUCGGUCUAAAACCUGUGAAACCGCUAGUUCCAUUGCAUAAUUUUGACAAGAUGCGAAGUUACUAUAUAUACGGAGGGUUUCUUUUUGUACCUCUAUCCCAACCAUACAUUGAUGGCUCUUAUAUGUGCGAGUGUUCUUCCAAAAAGAUGCCCAAGAAAGCCAGUGAACAGAUAGUAAUCAUUUCUCAGAUCUUAGAGGAUGACAUCAACGCAGGAUACGCCAGUUUUGAAGAUUUGCAGGUGAAGAAAGUGAAUGGAAUCGAAGUGGAUAAUCUGAAGCAUCUAAGUCAAGUCAUAGAGGAGUGUAGCACCGGGUAUUUGAGGCUGGAUUUGGAAAACGAAAAGGUUCUCAUCCUCAAUAAUAAGUUGGCAAGAAAAGCAAAUUCUACGAUCUUGAAAGAACUCAAAAUACCGUCGGCCAUGUCCGAUGACCUUCAACCUAGGCAGGUUAACAGAAGCCGCUUAGUUAGUCCUCGGCAUAGCAAGAAAAAUAAUUAGUUCCGGCCACUGAUUCAGCUUCAGCUGCAGCAUUAUCCCUUCUAAGAUAGUAGGAUUUUAUAAAGUCAUCAAUAGAACAAAAAUUGUUUUGACUUUUCAUAUUUUUUUUUUUUUGAAACUGACUUUUCAUAUUUUUUUGU